CGCCCCGCCCCUUUCCCCUAGAGCCCGGAGCUGCGUCCUGGGGCCGCAGACCCGGCGCGCUGCGAACCAUUUGCCUCUUGUUGCGUCUCCUGAUCCUUGCAUCUGUCCAGCUUUCUUCCUCCGGGGUGAAGAUGUUCGUUCCCUGCGGCACGUCAGAGCCCGAUUUUACUGGCUUCACCCUGCUGAUGCCAGCAGUAUCUGUGGGGAAUGUUGGUCAGCUUGCAAUAGAUCUGAUUAUCUCUACGCUGAAUAUGUGUAAGGUUGGUUACUUUUACACUGAUUGCCUUGUUCCAAUGGUUGGAAACAAUCCCUAUGCAACUGCAGAAGAAAACUCAACAGAACUCAGUAUAAAUGCUGAAGUAUAUUCAGCGCCUUCAAUGAAUCUGAUGGCUCUCCAACUAAGAUCAAUUUUUAUUAAGUAUAAAUCAAAGCCGUUCUGUGAAAAGCUCAUUUCCUGGGUGAAAAGGAGUAAAUGUGCCAGAGUUAUUGUUCUUUCAAGCAGUCAUUCAUAUCACUGUGAUGAUCAGCAGCUUCGUAGCAUUCCAUUCCGAUACUUACUUACACCUGAAAUGGAAAAAAGUGUUGGCGAAGCAUUACAGAAGCUUCAUUGGAAGGAAAUGGAAAAAAGUAAAUCAUUUCCUGAAAUAAGAGAUUCUGAGUUGUGUGUCCGUAUUCCUGGAGGUGGUAUCACAAAAUCUUUGUACACUGAGAGUUGUUCCAAAGGGAUACAGAUGGCAGUUGUCUUGAAAUUUGUUUCAGAAGGAGAUAAUAUUCCAGAUGCCUUUGACCUUGUUAGAUAUCUUAAUGAUUGGCUUCAGAUAAUUAAACCUCAGGAGUGCAGUGACUCCACAACAUCUGUUUCCCAGUGGAAAAUGCCAAGUUCUUGGAGAUUGCUCUUUGGCAGUGGCCUCCCUCCUGCGCUUUUUUGAUUACUUGUGGCUCAUACAAUCUGACAGUACUAUUAUGUAUGUCCCCAAGGUGUUGGGGCCAUACCUGUGAGGAGCUCCUGGUGCAGAUUGGCCGUUUCUCUGGGACUUUUAGUCUUAGAAAGUCACAUGGAACACUGAGAUGAAGUUGCUUCUAUAGCCAAUAAGAGGUGGACAUGGAACCUAGGCCUUCUUGACUCCAAGGCGAGCCUUCUAUCCAGGAUAGCUGUUGUGUCCUGAAAUUACCAAAUACAACUAUCCAAUAAUUUAUAAAAGGAUUUGUAUUAUGUCAAUAUGACAGAAAAUCUCAAAGAAAUAGAAUAAUAGUCAUCCAGCCUUUCAUCAUAUAUAACAAAUAUAAAUUUUGUAGAAUAAACUUUUUCUUAAGAAA